UCAUACUCUUUCCUCUGCCUCUGCUAAACUUUAUCACUCUCAAAUCCUUUACUAAUAAUUUUCUGAUUAAAAUCUGUAAUUUGAAAUCAAUACUUAUUUUCAAACACAACAUUCUACAGUUGUAUGGGAAUUUUUAUGAAGCAAAUUACAUACCAUGUGAUUUUAUAAGUUACCUGUAAUCAUACUACAAUAAUGUCAAAUAAAUGAAGUAGUACUACACAAAAUCACAUGUCAUUUAGGUUUUAGUUUGGCAUAUACAUCACAAAAUCACAUGAUUAGUAUACAUGAUUUACAUAAAUUUAGUUACCAACACAUAUUAGCAAUCUCUCCCACCCAAAUUUAAUCAUCAUAAUCUCAUUAAACCCUCCAAAUUACACAAAUUAACUACCCAUAUAACUCAAAAACUAAUCAAUUCCCUAAUCAACAAUGGCAAACCCACCAAGUACACCUAAACAAUCACCUUUGCUCAGCUCACCCAUUCCCAAAACUCGAGGCUCGCUCCACAAGACCUUAGCCGGUGCUGCGAGCCUCGCAAACCUUCUACCAACCGGAAAUGUCCUUAUGUUUCAAGCACUAACCCCUACCUUAUCCCAAAACGGCUCAUGUCAUACCAUCAGCAAAUACUUAACCAUUGCACUGAUCAUACUAUGUGCUUUAACCUGUUUUCUAUCCUCCUUCACUGAUAGUUUCAUAGGCCCAACGGGUAAGCUCUUUUAUGGGAUCGCUACCCCGAAUGGGCUAUAUGUGAUCAAUGCAAUUAGAUGGGAGGACGACGAGCAAGAAAUACGUAGAGAAGCCAAAGAUAUGAACAAAUUUAGUGUUAAGUUCAUAGACUUUGUUCAUGCAUUUUUGUCAUUAGUUGUGUUUUUGGUAUUUGCAAUAAAUGAUCCUUAUGUGUUCAAGUGUUUUCUUGGGAAUUUAGAAGAUAAUCAAUGGGUUAAUACUUUGAUUCUGAAUUUGCCUCUUGGAGUUGGGGCUUUGUCUAGUUUCUUGUUUCUUCUUUUUCCUACUAUUAGAAGGGGGAUUGGAUAUGCUGAUCACAAAGCUACUAAUUAGUUUUGUGUUUGAUUAUUUAAACAUUGGUUUUUAUCCCCCAUGAUUUAUUUGUAUUAUAGUUGAAGACUUUGUAGGUAUACAAGCAGCGGUGAAUUCAAGAUAUUAAUUUAAGGUGAGCUGAACACUCAUCUCUACAUGUGUAUAGAACCAACUUAAUUAUCGUGUUUAUUAAUUUUACAUAAUAAAUAUUCACUACUAAAAAAUAUUGGGAUUGUAGCCGCUAUUUAGCGACAAAAUAAUUUUAUGGUUGUUGUUAUUGAUAAAAUCGAUUUUGUAGUGGCUAGUGACGAAAUUGCAAAAGGAAUAAUAUAUAGUAGUCAAACAAUGAAAACGACCAACGAAUUCACGACAUUUAACUGAAUAGUUGCAAAUAGCGACAAAAUAGUAAAGAAACAACAACGGCCUAAUCUCAGACCGAACCGAACUGAAAAAAACCCGUAUUAGACUAGAUAGAACUAGUCCGGUAUCUGAUCUUAACAUAUUCAAAAAUCCGAUCUUUCGAUUCGGUGCACAUCCCUUAUGUGAAAUUUUGCCUAAUCGACAUAACAAGAUUGCUACUAUUUGAUACUCCUAAUAAGGACACUGAUUGAGAUGGGAUGGCCGGAUGGGCGAGAAUUGGUACAUACCUGAUCCCUCACCAUCCUUAUCAGCCCUUUUUUCUUAUUAUAAUUACU